AUGAACUUUGGCAGGGGCCCCUCGGUGGUGUUGAACGUCGGGGGCACCCGGUACUCCUUCGCCCGGGAGGUGCUGAAGGAUUUCCCGCUGCGGCGGGUGAGCCGCCUGCACGGCUGCCUCUCGGAGCAGGACGUGCUGGAGGUGUGCGACGACUACGACCGCGAGCGCAACGAGUACUUCUUCGACCGGCACUCGGAGGCCUUCGGCUUCAUCAUGCUGUACGUGCGGCACGGCCACCUGCGCUUCGUGCCGCACAUGUGCGAGCUCUCCUUCUACAACGAGAUGAUCUACUGGGGGCUGGAGGGCUCCCACCUCGACUACUGCUGCCAGCGCCGCCUGGACGACCGCAUGUCCGAGACGUGCACCUACUACUCGGCGGGGGAGCCGCCGGGCGAGGCGGCCGCCGAGGGCAAGGGCCGGCGGCCGCCGGGGCCCGAGGGCAGGAAGUGGCUGGAGAGGAUGCGGCGGACUUUCGAGGAGCCCACGUCCUCCGUGGCCGCGCAGGUCCUGGCCACCGUGUCCAUCCUCUUCGUCAUCGUGUCCAUGGUGGUGCUGUGCGCCAGCACCCUGCCCGAGUGGCGGGCGCCGGAGAACCGCAGCGUGGAGGAGCAGAGCAGGUACACAGCAGAGUCAGUGAGGGAGCCCUCAGGGAUAAUUGAAGCUAUCUGCAUAGGCUGGUUCACUGCAGAGUGCAUUGUGAGGUUCAUCGUCUCCAAAAACAAGUGUGAGUUUGUCAGAAGACCUCUCAACAUCAUUGAUUUACUGGCAAUUACUCCCUACUACAUCUCUGUUCUAAUGACAGUUUUUACUGGGGAAAAUUCGCAGCUUCAGAGGGCUGGAGUCACCUUGAGGGUCUUAAGAAUGAUGAGGAUUUUUUGGGUGAUUAAACUUGCUCGUCAUUUCAUUGGCCUUCAGACACUUGGUCUGACUCUGAAGCGUUGUUACAGGGAGAUGGUGAUGCUACUUGUCUUUAUCUGUGUUGCUAUGGCAAUUUUCAGUGCACUUUCCCAGCUUCUUGAAAAUGGGCUGGACUUGGGAACAAAGAAUAAGGAUUAUGCCAGCAUCCCUGCUGCUUGUUGGUGGGUGAUCAUCUCUAUGACCACAGUUGGUUACGGUGACAUGUGUCCCAUCACUGUACCUGGAAGGAUUCUUGGAGGAAUUUGUGUGGUUAGUGGCAUUGUUUUAUUAGCCUUGCCAAUUACUUUCAUUUACCAUAGCUUUGUGCAAUGUUAUCAUGAGCUCAAAUUCCGAUCUGCUAGGUACAGUAGAAGCCUCUCUGCUGAAUUCUUAAAUUGA